UCGAGCGUUCCCCCUACACAUCAUCCAUCAUCUGCAUUUUGAAGGCUAACCGCGCUUCGGGCUUCAGAGAGAGGUGCUUGAAAUUCUGCAGAGCGUCGCAAAUACGAGUAUAGUAUUAGUAUGUUCUUUGAAAGGGCCCCUCUUGAAAUCCUCCUCCGUUUCUUGUUUCAAUUUGAAGUUUUGUUUAAAUUUGGAUCAUGCACAUUUUGACUUACAAAUGCAUGCAUAGAUCAGCCGAAUCCUCUUCUUUCUCCUUGCAAUUUCGGCACCGUUCAUAUGCUAGCUCGUACUAAUACUGAAAUCAUUCGACAUACAUGUUGUGUUUUUUUCUGAACCUUAUUUUGGCGGUUCUGGAUGCAUCUAUAUAUGCAGGUCGGCAACAAGGCAGGCAGGAUAGAUGGAUCGGGUGAACUCGAGCCUGUGCCUGGAGAAUCUGCGCAUGAUGCACGAGAACGAGCGGCUGCGGCGGAAGGCGCAGCAGCUGGACCAGGAGAACAAGGCCCUCCUCGCCGAGCUCAAGCGCAAGCAGCAGCUCGCCGCGGCGCCGGCGGCGACGUCCCAGGACGCCCCUUCCGCCGGUUCCGGCGGCGGCCACCCUGCUGCCGGCAAUAGCUCGAAGGCGGCCGGCAAGCAGCAGCCCAAGUGAAGUGGCCACUGCUCGUGCACGCAUGCACGGAUCCAGCUCCAGAUGACGUGGAGGCCGCACUUGUCUUUUGUUUGUGUCUUUGUGAUUACUACUUUACUAGUACUGCUAGGUUGCUAGUUACUCGUAUUGGGUAGUUAACUUGUAUUGGUACUAGUAGACUAGUAGUAGUACAUGUAGGUGAGGCAAGUUGGUUACUAGGAACUGAUGAUGAACCUGCAGUGGUAGCAUUUUGUGCUACUUGUCAGCAGUGAUCAGUGACUAGUCAUAGACUAGUAGUAGUACAUGGUCGGCGUACUGGGAUUACACAAGUAGUACUGGCAUAGCAAGCUGGCUCAAAUCUGGGGCUUUUAACAUAAAAAAGUAGUACUAGGAAAAGGAUGGAAAUUAGGCAGCCUACUCUACCGAGUCACAGUUUUGUCAGUAUCAUCCUGGGCGACAUUUUCCCAACCAUCUUUACCAAGAUCGCAGAACAAACUCACCCACCCUGAUCAUGGGCUGAUGGUACGACGAUGCCUGCGCCACACGCGUGCGCAGGCACGGGCAAGCAAAGCUUCACCAUCAUAUAUAUCCCCAGCGCACUGAGACCAUGUCACGAGCAGGGAAUCACAACAUGGCGCUGCGAUUGGAGCCGGCGGCGGCGGCGGCGGCGGUCGCCGACGUCGACGAGGACGAGCUGUUCGAGCUCGACAUCGCCCUCCUCGACGGCCGCGGUCACCACAGCAGCCGUUCUGCCGCCGUUGCUGGCGACGGCGACGAUGCAGCUGGUGGGCACGCCCUGCUGGCCAACUGCCUGCUGCCGGUGCGCUCGGUGAGCAACGCGGUGCCGGUCGCGGCCAGCAGCGUGCUGUCCUCGUCGUACCCCUACUCCGGCUACCACAGCUCGAGGAGGCUCAUCUUCGCAGGCGGCGGCGGCGGCGGCUGGAGGUUUCUUGGACGGUCGGCGGGGAGCUCGGCGAGGUUGUGCUUCUCCGGCAGAGGCUUCGAGACCAUGGGGAACUACUUCCAGAGAUACUGAUGAUUGAGCAAGAGUUGCUAUAUGGGCCCAGUGGCUUAAGCCCAGACUCUGCAUUUUCGGCCCAAUAUGAUCCAUCUCUGUACCCAUUUGUGGCCCGGUCGUAGCUAACUUCGUGUAAUGGAUUUUCUUAGACGAAAGGAAGUGUGUUCGUUCAAAAAACAAAAAGACGAAAGGAAGUAUAACUUUCACU